AUCUCUGGCAGGUGGUGUGUGCGCUUUAAACCACACUGUAGGCUAAUGUUUAGGACGAUAGGUAGGUAGCGGUAAGAUAUAAAUACGCUUUAGGUUCGUUUUUUUAAGAAUAUUUUUUCUCGGGGGGGUUGUUAACUUUGCCUUUGGUGCCAUGACGUUCUGUUUCAAGCCACAGAGAUCUCCGUGAACGAGAGGAAGGUCGGGGUUCCCCUCUCUCUCAGAGCCAGGCACUUCUAUGCUUUACGGUCAGCGGUGUAUUAGACAACGGCUCUUCAUCAUGCAGCUCGUUCAAAAAGGCAGAAAAGCUCAACGUGUUAAUUAUAAUUCUCCAACGGUGCGAGUGUGAAUGAGAGAAGAAGAAGGGGGGAAGGGGAAAGGGCGUCCUGGCCGCGGCUGACACCGUCUCACAUCCCGGAGCUCCCUCGUUUCAUCCUUCUUCGCUGCCGUAGCAGACAGACAACACGAUUAUGUUGGCGGUGGUCUUUGGUGGAAGCAGUUUUUCGUGCCUUUUGUCUUCAUUUCGGCUGUUUGUGAUCAACGCCUGAGCCGCACAAAAAACGCCAGGAAGCGCAAAUGAGCGGACAUUGGUUUCUUUAUGUUUUUGGAAAAUGAGGAAGCGUUUUCAGAAAGACAGAGAGAAAAUGGCAAGAAGGUCUCGUCGUCCGUGGGCCCGGAUUUGAGUAGAAUGAGGAGGAAAGGAGCAAAUGCAACAACAGCAUGAUUAUUUCCCCCUGACAGAAUGACACCAGAGGAGGCAGACAAGACUUGGCAUCAAUGAAGGCGAUCUGGACAAGUUCUGUAUGGCUCAUAAUGAACACAGACACUUUGCAGCUUGAUAGUAGAACAUUUUCAUAAUAUUGAGCUUUUUUUCCCUUUGCUUGAAGGGGGUUUCUUAUUCACUAGUCAUCUAUUUUCUCUUUGCACUUGUAGUACAUUUCCCCCGAACGAUUGAUUUGUCAUUACUCUUAUUAUUAUUUUUUUUAUUUUUUUGACCCGGAUCAAGCCCUGACUAUUCAAUGGAAGUAUGUUAUCAGCUGCCGGUUUUGCCUCUAGACAGGCCGGUUCCCAAGCAUGUCCUCAGCCGGAGGGGAGCCAUUAGUUUCAGUUCCAGUUCCUCUCUCUUCGGGUCCCCCGAUCCAAGGCAGCUGUCACAGAGACGUGGGGCCAUCUCUUAUGACAGCUCUGACCAGACAGCACUGUACAUUCGCAUGCUAGGAGAUGUGAGAGUGAGAAGUCAGGUUGGAUUUGAACCGGAACGAAGAGUCUCCCAUCCUUACCUGUGCAUCGACUUCCGAAACCUUCACACACGGUUGGGCUGCAGCUCAGAGUCGGCCAGCUCUGCUCCCGAACGGAGGGUCCACAGGCUGCUCAGUUUCCAGAGGUAUCUCCACUCCUCCCGUCUGCUGAGAGGAAUCCCCCAGCAGAUCCCCCUGCACAUCCUCGAUGAAGACUACACUGGACAGGCCCAAUGCAUGCUGGAAAAAGUCGGAAACUGGAAUUUUGAUAUUUUCCUCUUUGACAGAUUGACUAAUGGUAAUGGUCUGUUGACCUUCCACCUGCUGAAGCAGUACGGGCUGGUGGAGCUCUUCCAGCUGGAUAUAGUCAAACUCUGGAGGUUCCUAGUCAUGGUCCAGGAGGACUACCACAGUGACAAUCCCUACCACAACGCUGUUCAUGCGGCAGAUGUCACACAGGCCAUGUAUUGCUACCUGCGGGAACCCAAGCUAGCAAAUUCUCUGACCUCCUACGACAUUCUUCUGGGACUGAUAGCAGCCGUCACCCAUGACUUGGACCACCCAGGGGUCAAUCAGCCUUUUCUCAUCAAGACUGACCACUACCUAGCUUCACUGUAUAGGAAUUCCUCAGUUCUGGAAAAUCAUCACUGGAAAUCAGUGGUAGGCCUCCUCAGAGAGACAGGACUGUUCUCACACCUGCCUCCUGAGGACAGCUUGAACAUGGAGAGGGACCUGGGCUCCUUAAUCUUGGCCACAGACAUCAGCAGGCAGAAUGAGUAUUUGACCAGGUUUCGCGUGCACCUGGACCAGGAGAACCUGUGCUUAAGUAAAGCCGGCCACAGACACUUCAUCCUGCAGAUGGCUCUGAAGUGCGCAGACAUCUGUAACCCCUGCAGACCCUGGGAGCUGAGCAAACAGUGGAGUGAACGAGUGACAGAGGAGUUCUUCCAGCAAGGUGACAUAGAGAAGAAGCACAAACUUGACGUCAGUCCACUUUGCAACAGAGAGACUAAUACAGUUGGAAACAUCCAAAUAGGCUUCAUGACGUACGUGGCCGAGCCGCUGUUUGCAGAGUGGGCUCGUUUCUCCGACACCCGUCUUUCUCAGACCAUGCUGGGCCACAUGGGACUGAACAAAGCCACCUGGGGCGGCCUGCAGCAGGAACAAGCCCUCACCUCUGAGGAGGGGGAACCCGGCACAGACGCAGAGACGGCCGGUGGCGCAGCUACAACCGCAGGAGAAAGCAGCUCCAAAGAAAUACCUCAGGGAAACACAGAAUCCUGACGCUCCUCACGUGCCCUCGACCUCCUACAGUCCCCGACCCCCGCCUUAAGCCCUCACCACACACUGGGAACUGGGUCAUUCAGUGGCCUUGUACCCGUGCCACUGCUGCGCCUGGUCCUAACUCCUGGUUUUGUUCGUUGCUUUUUGCCUCCCAUCUCGAUAAACCACUGAUUUUAUUUAAUUUAUUUAAGUUUAAAUUCUUCUUUUUUUGGCAUAGAGCAAUACAUAGAUACCUCAUUUGGCUACUGCUGUAUUUUUUUCCCUGUUAUUUUCUUUGUUUUAUUUAUUUGUCCACUGUAGGUUUGGCAUUACUGACUGAACACAACACUUCCUUUGUUGGUGAACCUUAGGGGGAAAGCAGUAUAAGAAGUGGAGAAAAACACUUGCUGGUAUUUUUGAAGUGCCAUUUGAAAACAAAGAUAAAAAAAAAACGAUCUGAACUGAGUCGACUGAGACAACUGGAGUAUUCAGACACGAGACCCUCCUCAGACUUUUCUAGUAAUGCCAUGUUGCAUUUGUGUUGAAAAAUUCUUCCUCAUGUAUAAAAAAGAAGAAAAAAAAAAGAAAGAAAAACAAAUGUGACAAGCCCAGUCCUUUUGCUGCCUCUCUGAAGACUGUUUACGCAUCUCCUGAUCGUCCUUUCUUCUCCUGGAACUGAAGAGAAUCCCACGGCUCGACGGUUUUGCCUUUCGAAACACAGACGUGAAGAACCACUGGUGUGAACUGUCAUCCCACUGUUGAAGCCAUGAGCAGAAUCCUACUCAAACCCACCCGAUGCCAUAAGUCACUCCACCUCUGCUGAAAAGCGCUCCCAGACGGUCGUGGCGGUCGUGGCGGUGGUGCUGCAGGUGGAGUCGCAGCUCCACCUUCAAGCUGUCUCCCAGAACAUCCUGAGAAAGUUUGCCCUUUUCUGUUGAGUCUUUCUGAACGUUUCAGUGCUGGCUGAACUUGUAUUUCAACUGGAACUCGACCCAACUCAACUCGCUCAGGGUUUUCCAGUUUUUUGUGAAGACAUAGAGGUAGAGAGGAAAAAAAAGAGAGAGAGAGGAGUAGACUGAGGGCGACGUGUGUAUCCUUUGUUUGUUUGUCCUUUUUUCAGGCUAGGAUCUACUGAAGGAAACUUUUCCUCCACAGAAUGUCUCUCACAGCCACAUGCAACCUAAAGGACUGCUCGACUGAUGCCUUAUAACUAUGCACAAACUAUGCUAAGUGACCAAACCAACUCCUGUUCCCAUCAAGUGCAUGGUGUGCUUGUCCUUGAAUGCACUGUCCCAUCCCUUGGCCUUUUUGUUGUGAGGAACAACUCCAGCUCUCCUUUAUUCAAUGAUUAUUAUUAUUAUUAUUCUAUUAUAAUUUCAUUUUGUACUGAAACAAAAUGCUCGAGUGACUCGGAACAUUCCAUUUCUUUGCGUUUGGUUUGUCAACUCUGAUUCUGUACAGUGGCACAAGUUUGUGUUUGUGUUGAAACCUUUUGAACGAUAACAGGUGCUUUUCUUACUUUAGCUGAUUUGUAUUUCGCUGUAAGUGCUGUAAGACUGUUGAUAAAACUGUUUACAAUUUGUUGCGACAGCCAUUUUUGGGAAGACUUAAGUGUCGAGCCAGAUUUUGUAAGAGCUUUGCUGUAUUGACAUUUUUGAUACAUGCCUGUUGCAGUUCCAAUUUGAAUAAUAAAACCCUGUUGUUGACAAAUGUU